UAGUCGAUAUAGUAUAAUUUAUGCGGUGUCAAAAAAAAAAAGGCUAAAGUCAUAAAUUAACCCUUAAACUAUACCUGAAAAGUCAUUUUCACACUUAAACUUUAGUUGUGACCUAUUACACACCUAACAUAUAAAAAAGUGAUACCCAAACCCAAGUGCGUGUGUGCCGACUUUUUUGUGCGCGUGAACAACUAUUUAUUACGCAUUAAACUUAAAAAAAAAAGGAAAAAUCAUUUAAAUCCCAAUCCUUCCACUUAAACGGUCAUAUACCAUUACCCCUUCAUCAAAUAUACCCGAUCCAUCAAAUAUUAAGAACCCUAAUUUUUGUCUCCCAAAUUCGUGAAAUCAGCCCCAAUUUGAAGCAAAGGUUCCAUAAUGGCUAGAUUUGGCUUGUCUAAGAUUUGUAAGGAGGAAGAUGAUCAUGAGCUUUCUGAAGUGCGAUGCAAGCAUAGGUUUUUAUUGCCUUUGAUGACCUCUUGGACCCCAAGGAAUCCGGGUAGAAGAUAUUGGAGUUGUCCAUACUAUGGUGGUGCUAGAUCAUGUGAUUUUUAUCGUUGGAAGGAUGAUGAGAUUGAUCCAAGAUCCAAAUUUGUGAUUCCUAAACUAGUGAGAAGAAUUGGUGAACUUGAAGUAUCAUUUGAAGCUUCCGCAAAAGUUGAUAACAAGCCUACUAUGUCUACAAAAUCUAUAGAAAGCAAAAUUGAUAUGCAAAGCAUAGAGAUUGAAAUGGAUAAUUUUGGAGAACAAAUUAAGAAGAUGAAAGAAAAGGAGAAGAAGUGGAAGAGCAAGCUGGCCAAAUCCACCAAAAGGGAGACAAUACUUUGGAUUGCCUUGUUGUGUAUUGGCAUUUUAGUUUUAAGUUUUGUAUUUCAAAGCAUGUACUUAAGAGGUUAUAAUAUGAAGUUGCCCUAAGAGGUUAGUGUACUUGUUAAGUCUUUAUUAGAUCUUGUUGGUGGUAUUGGUAAUGUUAAUUAGAACUUCUUGGGGCUGUUGGUAAUGUUUGGUUUAGUUUGA